AUGGGCGGUGAUCUGAACCUCAAGAAAUCAUGGCACCCCUCCCUCCUCCGCAACCAAGAGCGCGUAUGGUCCGAAGAAAAGCGCGCCCUGGAAGAACGCAAACGCAUCGACCAACUCCGCCGCGAGCGCGAUGAGGAGCGCCAAAUCCAAGAACUGCAGAGGCUGCAGGAAAGCGCGGGCGGGACGCGCCAGCUCCAGCGCGUCGACUGGAUGUACCAGGAGCCGUCGAGCGCGUCGGGCCACUACGCCGAGGAGAUGGAGGGGUAUUUACUGGGGAAGAGGCGGAUCGACGGGAUCCUGCUGAAGAAUGACGAGAGCAAGAAGCUUGAGAAGGGGGCUGCGGCGGGGCCUGGUUCUGCGACGGGUGCUGGUGCGGGUGCGGGUGCGCUUCCGCCGGUCGUGCAUAAUACGCGCGAUACGAUGGUGAAGGUCAUGGCGGAUCCGUUGCUGGAGAUUAAGAAGCGCGAGCAGGCGGCGUACGAGACGAUGGUUAAGGAGUCGGUGAGGCGGCGGGAGCGGGAGGAGGGGAGGGAGAGGGAGAAUCGAGACCGAGACCGAGACCGGGAUCGAGAUCGCGAGAGGAGUCACCGGCGCAGACGGGAUAGCGGCGAUGAUUCGCAUCGGUCGAGUCAUCGGCGUCGACACCGCUCGAGGUCGAGGUCGAGAUCGAGGUCGCCGCGCGAAGACAGAGAUCGUCGUCAUAGGGAUCGAGACCACGAUCGUAGGAGUCGUCGGGACCGGGACCGGGACCGCGACCGCGGUGGAGAGCGGGAGGAGAGAGGUGAUAGAGUCCAUCACUCGAGCAGUCGUCGGGGUAGAGACCGUGACGAGCGGUACGAUCGGGCAGCGCGCAGGUCCGCCUCCCCUCGAUCUGACCGCCGCCGGGACGGACGAGACCAAGAACAAGACUACCGACGGGACAGAUACAGCCGCGACGACCGCCGAGAUACUCGACCCCCGCGAGACAGAGACACAGACUCCUUCGGCCGAGACCGACCUCGCGACCGGGCACCAAACACCCGCACUGGAGACGCAGCCGCAGCCGCAGAACAGCAUGCUCAGGACCUGGAAGAGCAGCGCCAGCGCCGACUCGCCGAGAUGCAGUCGAAUGCUCAGGACAUGGAAUCCACGCGCCGGCAACGCGUCGCCGAGGUCACGGCCAUUGAAGAGAAGCAGCGCCAGGAGGAUGAUAAGCGGCGGACAGACCGCGGCCAGUUCAUGUCGGGCUUGCAUCGGCAGCUGCAGGAGGAUAGUCUGGAUGAGCGGAUUCGGCGGAGUCGGGGUGCGUUGGCGAAGGAUGAAGAUUGA